AUGCUCCAGGCACUGGAGAGCUGCACUCCCUCCCUGAGCAGGUGCUCUGUGUCCCUACAGGAGCUCCAUGUCCCCACAGGAGUCCCAUGUCCCUACAGGAGCUCUGUGUCCCUACAGGAGCUCUGUGUCCCUACAGGAGCUGUGUCCCCACAGGAGCUGUGUCCCCACAGGAGCUCCAUGUCCCUCCAGGAGCUCCAUGUCCCCACAGGAGCUGUGUCCCCACAGGAGCUGUGUCCCUCCAGGAGCUGUGUCCCUACAAAAGCUCUGUGUCCCUACAGGAGCUCCAUGUCCCCACAGGAGCUGUGUCCCCACAGGAGCUCCAUGUCCCCACAGGAGCUCUGUGUCCCUACAGGAGCUGUGUCCCUACAGGAGCUCUGUGUCCCUACAGGAGCUCCAUGUCCCUCCAGGAGCUCCAUGUCCCUCCAGGAGCUCCAUGUCCCUCCAGGAGCUCUGUGUCCCUACAGGAGCUCCAUGUCCCCACAGGAGCUCCAUGUCCCCACAGGAGCUCCGUGUCCCUCCAGGAGCUAUGUCCCUCCAGGAGCUCCAUGUCCCCACAGGAGCUCCAUGUCCCUCCAGGAGCUCCAUGUCCCUCCAGGAGCUGUGUCCCUCCAGGAGCUCCAUGUCCCCACAGGAGCUCCAUAUCCCCACAGGAGCUCCGUGUCCCUCCAGGUGCCCAGCUGGGACAUUUUCCAGGCUGGCAGUUUGUCCCCAGGCCGUGUCAGCUCACCACCUUCUCUCCAGGGAGGGAGGGCUGCGUGGCUCCUGCACCCAUGGAGUUUUCUCGAGGGACCUGCGCCUUCCUCCGAGGGCAGAGCUCACCUCACCGUGCUGCCCUGUUCACAGGGGACAGGUCACUCAGCUCUGCCAUCUAACGUGGCCAGAGCCUCCAGAGAAACCUCCCAGCCCAUCCAUGCCCCCGAGCAGGUCCCUGCUGCAGGCCCAGGCCACCACCGCUCCUGGGAAGGGAAUGAGCUGCUCCCACAGCACCAGAGCAUCUGCACAUCUCCACCGUGCCAGGGUCCAGCUCUCCCAGACCCCCACGUUCCCAACCACUCAGUGCCCUCCCAGAAGGAGCCGUGCCCGUGGCACAGGGGGAUUGAGCCCCCAGCCCCCUCUCAGCACCUCGGGACAUUUCCUUUUCUCACAACAUCAGGACACUGA